AUGUUUGCUCUAUUAUUGGCUCAUGUACUCAGCGAAGAUAAUGACGAAAUCAAACUACUUAAUAUAGGAAAAGCAGGUGAAAUAGCCAUACCAGCAGGUACUCUCGUUUUUCUUGCAUGCCUUUCAAUUGUAUUAUACUUCAUCUUCGGUAAGCACCUUGAUGAUGAUAUCCCACUCGAAAAGAUCAUGGUUCUUGAUGAUAUGUCAGGAUCUGAUAGUAUUGACGAGCAAGAUACCUCGAAACCUGAUGAAGAAUCAGCAUCAACACAACCAGUUGUUAUUGAUGAGUUAUAA